AUGAAUUCUCUUUCUGACGACUUUUGGAGGCAGAUUCCUCGACCUCCUGCGUCUCAGCUUCUUAUAUCUCCUGGCAGCUUUCCAGGGGGUAAAAAAUCUCAUGAGGAAAUUGACCAGCUGUUGGGGAUGUCAAUUUUUACUGGUGCAAGGCCUUUCUCGACCUUUGACAGUAAUGAGAUGAGGUUAUUGGUAAGUGCAUUAGAUCCUACUUAUCGCAUUCCAGGAAUCAACAAAAUUAUCGAGUCAAUUUUGCCACACUGCUAUGCCACGGUGCAGGAUGAGGUUUUUCAAAAGAUUACCAAAUCUCAAUAUCUCAACGUCAGUUUGGACGAGAGUACAGAUAUUAGAAAGCGUCGAAUUCUGAAUAUAUCUGUAUCUGACUCAAAGCGGUCAUAUUUUAUUGGACUACGAGAUCUGCAGGAUGAGACUGCAACUGCUGAAAAUCUUGCUAACUGGAUUAUUACCGAGCUUCAAGACCUCACGAACAAUGAUUUAUCACGAAUUAAUUCAAUUACAACAGAUACUUGCAGUACGAUGCAUUCUUUAUGGGGUAUUUUGGCAUCACGAGAAGAAACAAAACACGUUUUCUCAUUAGGGUGUGAUUCUCAUGGAUUGCAACUUCUAAUAAAAGAUAUUAUACUUCUUCCAAGCAUCAGCAAGGUCUUCAGAAAUGCCCAGCUUAUUGUGACUCAUUUCAACACUGCGCCACUGCAGCUUGCAGUUCUUCGGCAAACACAGCUUCAAGAAUAUAAGGAAGAGCGCGCACUGCUGGGUUCGAUAAUUACACGCUGGGGCAGUCAAUAUCUCAUGCUGCAGAGCCUCAAGAACAACGAGAAAGCGCUUACUCAGUACGUGCGAGAUAACCGUUGCAAGGACGAGAUCAAAUCAAUCCUUCGCUCUAUGGAUUUUUGGGAUGAUCUCAGUCAAAUUCUUGUCCUCUUAAAACCUAUCCAUGAGCAUAUAAAAGCUUCGGAAGCGGUGGCAUCUCAUGCUGGCUGUGUUUUGCGAAGAUGGUUUGGUAUUAUGCGACAUCUUGAGACCUUCCAAAAAUCAUGGACUGUUGGCAACGAUAUAAGCAGUUAUAUGGCUUCAAGAUUUCAUGACCGAAUGCGUCGCCAAGUGCAGGAUCUACACUGGGCAGCUUAUUAUUUGAAUCCCCUCAUAAUCCAUGAAGAUAUGCCCAGCUCGCUGCAGGGUAAGGUUUUUCAGGCUAUUGAGCGCUACUGCACCCAAAAGCCUCAAGAAGCUACUUUGCAAUUUGCUCAGUUCCGCACGUCUGCUGGAGAAUUCUUCCAAUCAAGGUGUUGGUCUCAUAAAACAGAUCCAAAAAGCUUUUGGGAGGUCCAGAAAUCAACGUCUCAAGCCUCAAGAGAGUUGUCAACCUUCGCUUUACGACUUUUCAACACCACCGCGACGUCUGCACCCUCGGAGCGUGCUUUUUCUGCACAAAAUCGCCAGUUGACGCUAUCAAGAAAUCGGAUGACCUCUGCGCACACGGAUAUGGUGACUUUUAUUUAUCUCAACGCUCGGUCGCUUCGAGAUGAGCAGGAAAUCGAGGAUAACAAUGACCACCUGGCGGAGGAGGAUAAUCUUAUAUCUCGAUGGGGCGAGAUGCCUCAUAUAUUGGAGGAGCCUCUGCAGCUUGAGAACGAGACUGCACUUAUCCAGGCCGCUCAGGCCGCUCAGGUCCUGCAGGCCUGA